AUGAAUGAUAAUAAUUUAUCAAUUUGUUUGAUAUUAUUUAUACCAUACUCUUUUUCUUUGGAUCAUGGAAAGAAAAAUAUAUUGACAGAUUGUGAAAACAAGAAACAAUAUUUAAAUUCAGAUUUCAGUUUGGCAUUUGAUAUGGAAUCACCUUUGAAAUCUUUAAAAUGGGGUGAUGGAUUGACAAAGGUAUCGAUUGAAUUGAGUGGGUCGUCUCGACCACUCAUACAAGGAAUGAAGCAUAAAUUCCAACCUCUAACAAGUAACCACAAGUUUUUUGAUUUGGCCGGUGAACAAGACAUACACACUCUAAUGCACUACAGUUGUGGCAAGCGUACAUCUACAGUUCAAUUCAAAUUUCAAGAACCAGCUUCUAACUUUGUAUUUGUAGUUUUUGGGUUGAUACCUAAAACCCUUCUCAAAUUGACUAGUUUUGGGUUGAAUAAUGAAAUAGCCGAUAUGACAAGCAGCUGGAAAUCAUUGGACAAGGGAUUAUUGACAUCGAUGGACAAGGAAAUAGAGUUUACCUCUCAUCACAAUGAAUCACAUUCAAUGGUUUUAGAAUUUGAUAUUCAGUCUACCGGUAGUUAUAUUAUACUUCAAUCUUCCAAUUUUACAUCAAGAAUUGAAGCAACUCUAAAUAGUGAUUGUAAAGAGAAUUGUGGUGGUAUUGUAGUUUAUUAUUCUUUAAUUGCAAUUGGCUGUCCUGAUCCUAUUCCAUCUCCUACUCCAGCUCCUACUCCAACCCCUACCCCAUCCCAAACACCUACUCCAACACCUACACCUACACCGACACCAACUCCAAGUCAAACUCCAGCACCACCAACUCCAAAACCAACACCUCCACCAGUUGAAUGUAAAAUUGAAUCAUUUAUUUAUGCCGAUCUUAAUGCAAAUGGCUUAUACAAUUCCAAUGAAAGUCCAUACGAAGGAGUUGAGGUACAACUAUUAUCAUCACCCCGAGGUGAGUUACAAGAUACAUCAUUUGCAGACAACACUGGUAAAUACCAAUUUAACAAGGUCCUGCCAGGUAGAUAUUGUUUGCGUAUGGUCAAUCCAACAGGCUCAAAAAUAUCACCAGAGACUAUUGGAAAUGCAUUUAAUCGAACUACUGGAAGGACCCAACACUUUAUUCUCAAUGGAACAGAAUCAAUCUAUUGCCAACUCAUUAAAAAGACAGAUGGCGGUAUCAUUCCCAGAGUAUUUGCCAUCUCUGGUAAUGUUUGUAAUGACAUUAAUCGAGAUGGACAAGUCCAAUCAAAUGAUACUGGCAUUGAAGGUAUUACAGUCAUUCUUAGAGGAUACCAAGGCAAUGAAAUCGAUCGAACUGAAACCGAUGCCUACGGUGACUAUCUAUUUGACAGUAUUCCAAAUGGCAUCUAUUACGUCCAAAUCAUUAAACCCGAUGGAUACAACUUUACAGGGUACCCAGCCUCUAAAAACAAAGAUGGAGUCAUUCCACAGAAUCUUCAAGUCAGUAAUUUCAACCUUACUCUCAAUAUUCCAAAUAUGUCUUUGAUCAAAGCUCAACUAGUUUCAAAGGAUAAUGAUGGUUGUAUGUUUACUGAUGAUCAACAAGUUCCAAGUACUACUGGUACAACUGUUUCAGGUACACCACUUCCAAACAGUCCAAGUCUUAAAAAAAGAAAUAUCAUGAUCCCAUUUGAAAUACCUAAAUUGGAUGCAGACCUAUCAGCAGGUUUAGGAACUCUUAAAAAAUUUGGUAAUGAUUUGGAAAAUCAUUUGAAAUCAAAAUAA